AUGCUCGAAGAAGGUGCUCCUAUCGUCAAUGAAAAGGCGUCCACGAGUAAAGAGAAAGAGGAAGAAAAUGUGGGUAAAGAAGAAAAACAUGAUAAAAAACAUGAUGAGAAGGAGAAAGCGAGUGAUAAACGAAUUUCAUUGACUAAAUUCUUUGACAUUUUAGGGCAGAUAGAAAUAGUAUUACACAAAGACGUUGCUUUAAAAUACGUCACUUCUACUUACACCUUUGAAAACGUGUCAGGAACUGGUGUUCUAUUAGAAAAGUUAGAAUCUCUACCAAUGUGUUUUGGUUCGUUCGCGGCUGGAGAUGACUACAGACCAUGGAUAUAUACUAAGUUUCUUGGUAUAGACAAUUUUUCUAGUUUUGAUACGUAUAUCUUCGCGAAAUUAGCUAUGGCUUUCACUUUAAUGAAAAGAUCUAGUCGUUUUUUAGUAUGUCCCAAAUCGACAAUGUGGCAGGUACGCAACCCUGACCCGGUCGCUUUGGGUUAUCCAGUGAAUUUGAUAUUACAGUCUAAUGCUAGAUCGUACGCGAAUGUAGAAGCUAUAUUAAGAAAUAUAGACUUGAGAGAAGUGGAUAAUUUUCUAGUAGAAGCGAUCGUAUGCGGCGACCCAGACGAAUUAAGCAUAUCACAAGCUUUGCUAAAUUAUUCUCGAGUAGACAUGCCAGCAGUUCGUAAUAUAUGUCAACGUAUAGUUAAUCUAGCUUCACAAAACGAGCAAAGUAUAAUAACAUUACCAUUCGCAUCCGCAGCUCAGCAUUUACAACCAUCAUUUGGUAUAUUUUACUCGAAUUUAAUGUUUUAUAUGCUUCCCUUGUAUGUUAGAAUGGCAUAUGAGUUAACAAUCAAAGCUAUAGCUCCUGUAUUAGUUAUGGAACCCAUUAAUGAUUCAACUUUAAUGAAGCAAGCGCAAGGAAGUGCUACCAGGUCCGGGUUUCUUCCUGAUGUUAUAAGUGUACAAUAUACUCCAGAUAUGGCCACUGAUUUUACCGCAUUGCUAUCAACGUUAUUAUGCCCAGGGUUUAUAGCACUAAUUUGCAAGGCCUUCUUCAUGUACAGUGAAGGCAGGCUAAGUUCGUUAACUGAAGAUGGUGUCAGAUCGAUUGAGAACAGAAUAGUGGCGGCAGGUGUUAAAGCUCAGUUGUUGGUACGAAAUCCAAUUAUGAUUCCAGAUUUGUUUCCAUUUCAAAAUGUAGUACUUUUCGCUAGGAAUUUACAGGGUGAAAUUUUGGAGAUGUUGAGAACUGACGGGAAUGGAGGUGGCUGGAUGAAUGGGAAUAGGCAAGUUUUUGGCGAGGAUGGAGCCGAUGGUUUGUUAGAUUGGUAA